CAGAGAAUUUAAUGAGAUAAUGUAUUCAGAGGCAGAUUUACCAGGAAGCUAAUAAAACUUCAACCAUGGGGCUCCCUAAUUGAGCGGUCUCUUCAAAGUCCUGCCAUCUAAUUUUGCAUGACUAAUUUUUUCUUUUUUUUCUCUCUCUUUUAUUUUUAGUGCUGAGUAUUGAACCCAGGACCUCAAGCAUGCCAAACACAAAAGUCUACCGCUGAGCUGUGCCUCCAAUCCCCCCUUUUCUUUUAUCUUAAAAUGGACCCCCAAAUUGUAUAAGAAUCAGGACCUGCCAACUCUGGCUCUGUCCCCAGUGUCUGUAACAAUACCCAUUGAGCCUGCUGCCUGGCACAGAAGGCUUCUCUACACAUGGCCCCUAUGUGUGCUGAGCUAGCGCCUGGCUCCCCUGUGCCCGAGGACAAGGUCCUUCCUCUCGCCGUCCUUUCCUAGUUUUUUUUUUUUUUCCAGUAUCAUUUAUUCUCCUUUUUCAACAAGAAAGUAAAACACACCGAGAAUGAUUUCAUAAUCACAAAACUGCCCUCCCAGUUGGCCCCUGCAUCUACUCCCUGACCUCCCCACCCGCCAGGGAGGAGGGCCAAACCCUGGGCAUCCUGCCAAGUUCUUAGCUGCCCCUGAAGAUCUCUGGAGGAAGUCAAGCUGCAGAGAGGAAAGCCAGCAGGGGGAGGCAGCAUUCCCGGUGCCCAGCUUGGUCUAGGAGGCAUUGAAAUUCCAGGGCCGAAGUCCUGAGACAAAGAUCAUAAUGAGACAGGAAGGUGGCAUGGGAAGGCGCCCAUUUGCAUGACAAUAAUUGAGCCAAGAAUAGCAAGUUAGAGGGAUACAAGGGUGAGGCUGGCAGCUGAGCCGGGCGAAACCUCACAAAUCAGUUACCCAGCUCUGCUCUGCAGGGGGAGGCGGGGCUGAGCCCCGUGCCAGGCUUUUCUGGGAGGGAAAGAAGGACAAGGACACUGGCCCCAAGGGAUUUUGGGAACACUAGCUUAACUGGACUUUGCCUUUCUCCUCCCCCUCUAGCCUGGAGGUGCCUUUGUUUGCCUUCUCCUUCGUGGGCUUUGUGGCAUCAUGGCUGCUCAGACAGAUCUCUGGGAUGCUAUUGUGAUUGGAGCAGGCGUCCAGGGCUGUUUUACCGCGUACCACCUGGCCCAGAAUUCCAAGAAGGUCCUCCUGCUGGAGCAGUUCCUUCUUCCCCAUUCCCGAGGAAGCUCACAUGGACAGAGCCGCAUAAUCAGAAAGGCUUACCCCGAGGACUUCUACACAAGGAUGAUGGAUGAAUGUUAUCGGACAUGGGCCCAGCUGGAGCGUGAAGCUGGAACCCAGUUGCACAGGCAGACCGAACUCUUGUUUCUGGGAAUGAAGCAAAGUCCAGGAUUAAAGACAAUCCAGGCCACUCUGUCUAGGCAGGGGAUUGACCACGAGUGCCUUUCGUCAGUGGAUUUAAAGCAACGCUUUCCAAACAUUCGGUUCACCAAGGGAGAAGUAGGGCUCUUGGACAAGACUGGAGGUGUCCUCUAUGCAGACAAGGCCCUCAGAGCCCUCCAGCAUGUAAUCCGCCAGCUAGGAGGCGUGGUGCGUGAUGGAGAGAAGGUGGUGGAGAUAAGACCUGGUCUACCUGUCACAGUGAAAACCACCUUGAAGAGCUACCAAGCCAACAGCUUGGUCAUCACUGCUGGUCCCUGGACCAACCGGAUUCUUCGUCCCCUGGGAAUUGAGUUGCCUCUCCAGACCCUUCGGAUCAAUGUGUGUUACUGGCGAGAGAAGGUCCCUGGGAGCUAUAGUGUGUCACAAGCUUUCCCAUGCAUCCUGAGUCUGGAUCUGGCCCCCCACCACAUCUACGGACUGCCAGCCUCAGAGUACCCAGGGCUGAUGAAGGUGUGCUAUCACCAUGGUGACAGUGUGGACCCAGAGGAGCGGGACUGCCCCAAAACCUUCUCAGACAUCCAAGACGUUCAGAUUCUAUGCCACUUUGUCAAAGAUUAUUUACCAGGCCUGAGGCCGGAGCCAGACAUCAUGGAACGCUGCAUGUACACGAAUACUCCCGAUGAGCACUUUAUUCUUGACCGCCACCCAAAGUAUGACAACAUUGUCAUCGGUGCUGGAUUCUCUGGUCAUGGAUUCAAGUUGGCCCCUGCUGUGGGGAAGGUCCUCUAUGAGCUAAGCAUGAAAUUACCACCAUCCUAUGACUUGGCUCCAUUUCGAAUAAGCCGCUUCUCUAAGCUGAGCAAAGCCCACCUUUGACCCCAGCUGACUGUCUCCUGGGCAGGAAAGCCCUCCUAGGGAAGACUUCUAAGAGAAGGAUGUCGCCUUGAGUUUCUUUUCCUCCUGUUUCAGUGGAAUCUCCCGUAAACACCAAAUGAUUGAACCUCUUUCCCCAAUCAGCUUCCCAACUCUAUCUCAUUUCUUCUUCCCAGAAAGUCAGCGAGACUCACCAUCACAGAACAGCAAGGAGCUUUAAGAUGGAUGUCCCAAUGGGGAGGGGCUCGAGACGGCUCAGUAGACUAAGGGACUCCUUUAAAUUUCUCUUUGCUGGGACACUGGAUAAAUGCGAGAUAGCCUUGACUAAAUCUGCUCAGGGGAAUGUGAAAAAGGAAUCUUUUAUAAACCACUAGUGCCUUUGGGGUUUCUUUGCCAAAAUCUUGAGCCAGCCUCUACCACUAAGUCUCAUAAAGUCUCACCUCUAAUAAAUAAACAUUUGCCAGAAAAAAAAAAGGUUGCUGAAAAUAAUAAACAAAAAUCUGGAUUA